UCGCAAUCGCUGAUCUUCGCUUGGUGAUGAUGUUAUUGAGCGCGCGACUUCUGAAUCCCAUAGUGUGAGGUUGCUUGGCUCUUGCCCAUCCAUCAACUACAUGGUGUAUCUGAGGCUGAGCUCUUCAGACAAGGCUUGCCCUUCUGCGGGACCCGGAUAUCACCUGCUACAGACAUGAUGAAAUGUGCUGAAGAUAACAAUCAUACAAAUAACACAGAAUUGGUAGAUGAAGCAAAAAAUGAAGAGGAGAGUCUUGAAGAUGAGUACACUUUACUAAAACACCUCCCGUUAAUUCACAUUGAUGUGGACCCUGACAAAUCAGUGCCACCAUCCCAUGAGAACAAGGCAUGGUGUUCGAGGAAUGUUUUGAGGAAACAGAGACAUUGGGAAAAAAUAGUUGCAGCCAAAAAAAGUAAGAGAAAACAAGAAAAAGAGAGAAGGAAAGAAAAGCAGUCUGGGGAUGGUACAGGCACCAGCAAACAACAACACAGUAAAAAGUUUUUAAAAGCUUUGACUAAGGAGCGCCUUUUAGAAGCAAAGGAUUCUGGUCCUAGACUCUGCAUUGAUUUGAGUAUGACUGAUCACAUGAGCAAGAAGGAAACCAGUCGUCUAGCUGCUCAAAUCAGAAGGCUUUAUGGAUCUAACAAGAGAGCUGCAAAACCCUUCGGCAUUUACCUGACAGGUUUUGUAGAAAGCGGUCUAUUAUAUGAUGAAUGUGUGCGAAUGAAUGACGGAUUUCUCCAUUAUCUUGUUGAGUCAACAGAAACCAGCUUUCUAAGCCUGUUUCCGUUUGAGACCAUAAUAUAUCUCACUCCGGACUCUGACAAUGUUCUUGAAGACAUUGAUCCAUAUAAAGUAUAUGUUCUUGGAGGACUGGUGGAUGAAAGUGUUCAGAAGAAAGUAACAUAUCAUAAAGCUAAAGAGAAUGGUCUACAAACUGCUCGGCUACCAAUAAAAGAAUACAUGGUUAAGAACAUAAAUAUAAAAAACUUUCACUCAGAGAUACUCGCUAUUAACCAAGUGUUUGAUGUGUUAUGCACUUACCAUGGAACGCAUAGCUGGCCAGAAGCACUGAAAGCCGGAGUUUCACCAGGAAAAGGCUUUGUUCUCCGUGAUGAAAUUACACUGUGAAAAACAAAUCUGCUCUUCAUAUAUUUAUAUUUUACAUUUUAAUCUAAGUAUAUUAAAUUAUUUUUAGAAUUUA